UUGCAUGGAAAAUACUUGAAGGUUGCAGUAGUGACGGGUUCAACAGACGGCAUCGGAAAGGCAUAUGCGUUCGAGUUAGCCAGGAAGGGCUUUAACAUAUACCUCGUUUCUCGAACGCAGUCGAAGCUUGAUGAAGUGGAAAAAGAUCUCAGGCAAAAGCAUAAUCAGGUUGAUGUCAAAACAUUUGCGUUCGACUUUUGCAUCGGUUCCGUAGAUUCGUAUAGACCCCUUCUUGACGCUCUCGAUAAAGUCGAUGUUGGAAUCCUUGUCAACAACGUUGGCAUGAGCUUCGAAUAUCCCGAGUAUCUUCACGAAACUGAAGGAGGUCUCGAGCGCAUUGGAAGUAUCGCGAUCAUUAACACAUUGCCGGUGACUCUUAAGUAUGUGACCUGGAUAUCGGAGAUCCUCCGAAGGGAAUACGCUAGUAAGGGUAUAAUAGUCCAGACAGUAUGUCCUAUGACGGUUGCGACAAAAAUGAGCAAGGUUCGUAAAACAUCUUUCUUCGUACCUAAUGGUGAGAUGUUUGCUAAAUCUGCGAUCAGAAGUAUUGGACUUUCUGAUGAUACUACGGGUUGUCUAUCUCACCAAAUCGAGUCGGAAGCUUCACAAUUCGCCCCUCCUCCAAUAUUAGACAGAAUCAUCUAUAACUUCAGUAUGUCACUUCGACAAGCUGCUCUCAAGAAAAGAGCGAAAAAUCAGUAA